AUGAGCGCCCAAAGAGCCACUGCGGAGCUGGCUAAUGGGGUUGCGGGUAAUGAUGAUCCAGCUCCCUCAUCGUCGGCGGCUGUUGUGGAAGCCGUCGUACCGGAUGUUCAGAUGACCUCCCAGGCGCCGUUGGUGCAGCAGCCAGAUGUGGGACCUGGUGUGGUGGCGCAUGUUGGUGUGCAGAAUAUAGAGUCUGUGCAGCCGUUCCAGAGUUCUGAGACUGCAGCUGGUGUGGGACAGGCGAAGCCCAAGGCAGCUUCGACGAUCGCAGAGCCAGGCGGAAGAUCAGAUCUGGAGCAAAGAGCUGUGGACAAUAGGCUUGGAAGUUCCGAGAUGGAUGAUGAGACUGGGGAAUUUCCUCAACAAUGGUGGCCCAGCGUUUCGUCUGAGGUCGCCGAGUCGGGCGAGGCCAAUAUCUGCAGCGCCGACGCCUCCGCCAUCGUCCUCCAGUAUUUCGGCAGAGGCAAUACAAGCAGAGGGAAGCGCAGGGAGCUGAGCGGCUCACUAACGCUGAAGCUCAAACCGCUGGUGGGUUACUGGGAAGCCUGGCGUUUACUCCCUCAGAUCCUGGACUACUCCUGGGUGAUCCUCUGCAAGAGCUACAUCAUGGUGACGGAGGUGGACUUCGAGAGCGUCAUGGUGGAGCUCACGCCCGAGGAGCCAGACGCCCCCACCGAAGGAGCUACAAGCGCAAGCUCUUACCAGAAGCUCUACGUCACCUACAUCGUCAGAGCUAGUGACUGGCUGGAAGUGGCAGCCUCAGUGCUGUCAGAUGUGAGUGAGUUGAGUGGAUGGUGGUGGAAGUCAGUGAUGGAGAUUGUCAUGAAGACGUAUGAGGCAUGGCUAAAAGCAACGCCGUUAGAGCGCUUGGGCAUCAGCCCCGAUGGAGCGGAGGACCUGAUGAAUGGAAAGUGGUCACGGCUGAACGCACGGGUGGCCUCCAUGUUGCUUACAGCGAUGGGGCCUGAGAUGAGGGCUGAGAUGGUGGCGCAGCGUAUUUCACAAAGCACUAUACGCAUGGUCUACAG